AUGGAUCCAUCAAUGGCGGCAGCAAUGGCAACGGAGGCUGCGGCUGCCGGCCACGUCCACCACCACCAGCAGCUGUUCCGCGUCGUGGACACGGCCCUGGUGGCUCCUGCAGCAGCAGCUGGUCCCGCACUGCCGCCGCGCUCCAUCCCGCUCACCUUCUUCGACGUCAAGUGGCUGCACCUCCCGCCCGUGGAGCGCGUCCUCUUGUACCGCCUCUCCCCGGACGCCGACGUCCCCGCCAUCCUCUCCGCUCUCAGGACCUCCCUCUCCCAGGCACUCCGCGCCUUCUACCCGAUGGCAGGCCACGUCCGCAUGCCCACGGAGGGCCGCCGCCACGAGCUGUCGUACAGCCCCGGCGACGCCGUCCCCUUCACCACCGCCGAGUACGACGUGGACAUCGACCACCUCAUCGCUGACGACUCCGUCCCCGUGCAGGUGGCCGCGCUCGCUCCGCUCGUGCCGCGCCUGCCUAAGGGCCGCGCGGUGCUCGCCGUGCAGGCCACGCUGUUGCUCGGCCGCUGCCGGGGCCUCGCGGUGGGAGUCACCGUCCACCACACCACCUGCGACGGAGCAGGAUCCACGCACUUCCUCCACACAUGGGCCGCAGCGGCCGGAGCAGAUGAGCAGCAUCGUCGUCAGCUCCCGCCACCACAGCCCCCCGUCAUCGACCGGGAACUCAUCCCGGACCCCAGGGGCCUCUACGACAUCUACCUCAGCAGCAUGCCGCCCAUGGUGUCCCAGGACGACUUCGAGUUCGUGCUGGGCAAGCAUCAGGAUCCCGGCGAGGACAAGGCCCUGGCCACCUUCACGCUGUCCCAGCAGCUGCUGCAGAGCAUCAAGAGCGCGGUCGCCGACGAGGCGGCGCGGCGCGGCAUGGUGACACCGCCCCGGUGCUCCUCGAUCCUCGCCACCUACGGCUUCAUCUGGUCCUGCUACUGCCAGGUCCGACGAGCGGCAGCAACAGCAAAGACCAACAUGAGCUACUUCCUCUUCUCCGUGGACCAGCGCUCUCGCCUGAAACCGCCCGUCCCUGACAAGUACUUCGGCAACUGCUGCUGCCCGGCCAUCGUGACGGCGCCGACGGACGAGGUGGCGGCCGGAGGCAUGGUCGGGCUGUUCGCGGCGUGCGCGGCGUGCGCGGCGGCGGUGGAGGAGGAGGUGCGCGAGGGGGCGCAGGAGCGGUGGGACGCGUGCGUGGCGCGGGUGAAGGAGGCGGUGGCCAACGGGACGCUGUCCGUGGCCGGCUCCCCCAGGUUCCGCGUCUACGACCUCGACUUUGGCUUCGGCCGGCCGGCCAAGGUGGACAUGGUGUCGGUGGCCAAGACCGGCGCCAUCUCCGUGGCGGACGCGCGCGUCGGAGGUGGCGUGGAGGUGGGCAUCUCUCUGCCGGCGGCGACGGGGGACAUGGACCGCUUCCGACACAGCGUUGCAGACGGGAUGGCGUGGCUCCUCUCCUACAGUCACAGACUCGAUCACAGUGACCAGUGA